GCAAUAAUAAUCUGAAGACCUGUUUGUUCUUCCAGCUUAUGGGAACUAAAGAAGAGUUUGUUAAAGUCCGGAAGAAGGAUCUGGAACGGCUGACGACUGAAGUGAUGCAAAUACGGGACUUCCUACCCAGGAUACUAAAUGGGGAAGUACUGGAAAGCUUCCAGAAAUUAAAGGUUGUAGAAAAAAAUCUAGAAAGGAAGGAGCAAGAAUUAGAGCAACUGAGAAUGGAUUGUGAGCACUUUAAAGCACGCCUGGAGACUGUGCAAGCCGACAGCAUGAAAGAGAAGAAGGAGAAACUGGCUCUUCGCCAGCAGCUGAAUGAAGCGAAGCAGCAACUCCUGCAGCAGGCAGAGUAUUGCACAGAGAUGGGGGCAGCAGCCUGCACUCUGCUCUGGGGCGUCUCCAGCAGUGAGGAGGUCGUCAAAGCCAUUCUGGGAGGAGAUAAAGCUUUGAAGUUUUUCAACAUCACUGGUCAGACAAUGGAGAGUUUUGUGAAGUCACUGGAUGGGGAUGUCAAGGAGCUCGAUUCUGAUGAAAAUCAGUUUGUUUUUGCUCUGGCUGGAAUUGUGACAAAUGUUGCUGCCAUAGCGUGUGGUCGUGAAUUCCUGGUUAACUUCAGCCGGGUGCUCUUGGACACCAUACUGCAACUUCUGGGAGACUUGAAGCCAGGACAGUGCACCAAACUCAAAGUGCUAAUGCUGAUGUCCCUGUACAACGUGAGCCUCAAUUUGAAAGGCUUGAAGUACAUCAGUGAGAGCCCAGGGUUCAUCCCUUUGCUGUGGUGGCUUCUGAGUGAUCCAGACGCAGAGGUGUGUCUUCAUGUUUUGCGACUUGUCCAGUCAGUGGUUCUGGAGCCAGAAGUCUUCUCCAAGUUGGCCUCUGAGCUCCGGAGUUCUCUGCCCCUGCAGCGCAUCCUGGCCAUGUCCAAGAGCCGCAACCCCCGCCUGCAGGCCGUGGCCCAGGAGCUCCUGGAUGACCUCCGAGCUCUGGAGUGUGAUGCGUAGGCAUGUCCCUCCUCCUUCCCAGGUCCCCACUUGGUGUUCUGAACCAUCACCGAGGGCCAUGUGUUAGAGAUGGCCAGAUGUUCUUGACUAGAGAUGGACGUGAAUGAAUAUGUAUCCACACACCUCCCCCUGGAAGUGAAGGUACUUGUGGGUGGCGAGUUAAUCUUGCCAAGGGAAGCCCGAGAAAGAACCCAUCCUGUCGCAGCAGCCAUGUCAGCUGUGCUGGCUUCUUAGAGGGCUCCUGCUGCUCAGGGGACUUUCUGAGACCUGUGAGUCCCCCCAAAAUGGGAGAUGAAGUAACCACCAGCCCUGAGAUACAUUUAAUUGAAAAACAAUUCAUUCUUUCUCUAGUAAUUAUGACUAAUGCCCCAAAUGCAAGUUUACCUUUAAACUUUUAGUGACUUGCUAGU